AUAAAUUUGACAACAGCGCUAUCAAAAAAACCCGUCGAGACAAAAGAUUGUCGUAAGAUUACGACUAAGGAAAUAUCAUCACUGCGGGAUACUACAUACUUGUGUGAUACUUAAAUGAUAAGAGUAUGUGUGGUAAUUUGAUCUGCAGUCAAAACAGCAGCCAUGUUAUAAAUACUGUGUAAAUCAACUCAACAAAUUAUACCAGGAAAACAGUUUAACAAAGGCGCAAAUGAUUGUUGCGGCGACAACAAUGGAUCAACAAAUUGAACCUAAACAAUGACAACGAGUUUACUAGAGCAUAGUUUAAGUACAAAGCAAAUUCUGCGGCUGCUGUUUCGGAAGUUUAGAGAUUUAUGUAAUCUACGUUGUGUAUCGAUAAUAGGACUUGUUUUUCUGAUUAUCCAGGUCUUGCUCUUAAUUCUGUAUGGACAUUCAAGAUGCGAAGGCGUAAUUUGUGUAACCGAAAGUAAAAAUACUUCCUCUUUUUACAGUAUAUUUUUUUGGAACUGGAGUAAAAAAGGACCUAUCUUGCCAUUAUGUCCAACAAUACCACCUGGCCUUUAUGGUUAUAUCAAACCAAACACAGAAGUUUUAACUUGGGCCGAGCUCGAGUCAAAGUUUUUGAAUCUGCAUUAUGGAGGGCGAUAUAAACCACCUAACUGCACAUCCCGACACAAAGUGGCCAUAAUAGUACCAUUCAGAGAUCGGGAAAUACAUCUGAAGAUUUUUCUAAAUAAUCUACAUCCUAUAUUGCAAAGACAACAGAUAGAAUAUGGAAUAUAUGUUGUAGAUCUUGAUUUAAAAGUUCAAUUUAACAGAGCUUUGCUGUUGAAUGUUGGCGUUUUAGAAUCGUUACGACUACUCGACUAUCAAUGCUUUAUAUUUCAUGACGUGGAUUUGCUGCCAGAAAAUGAUAAUAAUUUAUACACCUGUCCAGAUAAUCCUAGACAUAUGUCCGUAGCCGUGAAUCGGCUUAAGUACAAGCUGCCAUAUGAUAAGAUAUUUGGAGGUGUGGCAGCUAUUUCGAAAGAAGACUUUAUCAAAGUUAACGGUUACUCUAACAGAUACUUUGGUUGGGGAGGUGAAGAUGAUGACAUGUUUAAUAGAAUUAACGCAAUGAAUUUGACCAUAACAAGAUAUCAUCCGGGUAUUGCUAGAUAUAUAAUGUUGCCGCAUGCCAAACAAGAAGAAAAUUUAGCCAGGUUUGAUAUAUUAAAGUCUGGGAAAGUUACCUUCAGAAGAGACGGAAUAAAUACACUGAAAUAUGAUAGACUGAUACUGGAUUUCCGACGACUCUUAACAUAUAUAAUGGUAACUGUUAAUCAAACAGAAAUAGCUUCUGGAAGAGGCAUCAGAUACGAGGUAGAUAAAAACCAGGGCUGACAUAUUAUUGCAGUGGUGACUGACCCGUAUAUAUGAUACGGAGGACACAUAUUAAAUGAUGAUUGUUCUACAAGAGUGAUCAAAAAGCUAUAUUGUGAUAAAUGUAAUUGACAUUCCAAUGUUGGGAACAAUACCGUGGCAUUGUUGUACAGAUAAAAUAAUAGUAAAAAAAUGUUAACAAAUUAAAUGUGUUAGCAACUUUAA